CAGCGGGUGGUGGCCGACCCUGACCGCCGUGAGGUGGGCGCGCGGUGGGCACGGGGCCAGCGUCCGGAACCUCCGCCCCCGCCGCCGCCGGCACGCAGAGCCGCUCCCGCCACGGCCGCGGGGCUCGGGGCGGGGAGAGUGGGGAGCGGCCGGUUCCCCCGCCGCCCGGUCGCACAGGUGCGGCCGGCGCGCCCGCGAAGAUGCGGCCGGUGUCUUAGGAUGAGGUGUUAGUAGCAGACAAGAACUAAAGAAUCAAACAAGGAGGCAUCCAUAUUUCAAGAUAUCUUCAGAAGAGGUAGCAACAGUUAACAUGGAACAAAAAGCUUGUGAAUCAGCCAGUGAAGAUCUUUUAUCAAGUAGUGGCAUCACAUCCAAUGGAGGUCCUUCAAGUUCAUUUUUUGUGUCUUCUCUUCGUGGUACAAUAAUUGAAAACACAUCUUCACCUGGGACUUUGACACAAAUCCCAUUUUUCCCAAAAUUUGAAGCAGAACUUGAUUCUCAUAGAAAAGUCAUUCCUUAUCCUGGAAAGGAGCACAUUGAACGUGUUUUGGAAGAAUAUUCACAUCAAGUCAAAGAUUUGCAGAGAAGACUAAAUGAAAGUAAUGAACUGCAUGAGAAACAAAAGUUUUAUUUAAGACAGUCAGUUAUUGACUUACAAACAAAACUUCAAGAGAUGCAGAUGGAGAGAGACGCAAUGGCUGACAUCAGGCGAAGGGAGAGUCAAUCCCAGGAAGACUUAAGAAAUCAGCUUCAAAAUACAGUUCAUGAACUUGAAGCUGCCAAAUGCCUCAAGGAUGACAUGCUAAAAGACAGCAACACACAGAUAGAGCAGCUGAGAAAAAUGAUGCUUAGUCAUGAAGGAGUGCUUCAAGAGAUCCGAUCCAUCCUAGUUGACUUUGAAGAAGCCUCAGGCAAAAAACUGCAUGAACACGAGAGCCUGUCUACCAUACACUUCCGCAAUUUGGGCUCAACUAUUGGCAAAAUCCUAAGAGAUUUAGACACAGAGAUUUCUUAUCUUAAAGGGAGGAUAUUUCCAGUAGAGGAUCAGCUUGAAGCACUGAAAUCUGAAUCACAGAGCAAAAUAGAACUACUGCUUCAACAACAUCAAGAUAGGAUUGAGCAGCUAAUAAGUGAACAUGAAGUUGAAAUAACAGGACUUACUGAGAAAGCUAGCAGUGCUCGAAGCCAAGCCAACAGUAUCCAAAGCCAGCUGGAAAUCAUUCAAGAACAAGCAAGAAACCAGAAUUCCAUGUACAUGCGUCAGCUCAGUGACCUGGAAUCCACAGUGUCUCAGCUGCGGUCAGAGCUGAGGGAAGCCAAAAGGAUGUAUGAAGAUAAGAUAGAAGAGCUGGAGAAACAACUAGUCCUCGCCGGCUCAGAGUUGACUGAAGCCCGCAGCGAGCGUGACCAGUUUAGCCAGGAGUCCGGAAACCUGGACGAUCAGCUUCAAAAGCUGUUGGCAGAUCUGCACAAGAGGGAGAAGGAGCUGAGUCUGGAGAAGGAGCAGAACAAGCGCCUGUGGGACCGGGACACGGGCAACAGCAUCACCAUUGACCACCUGCGGCGGGAGCUGGACGACCGCAACAUGGAGGUGCAGCGGCUGGAAGCCCUGCUCAAGGCCAUGAAGAGCGAGUGCCAGGGCCAGAUGGAGCGCCAGAUGGCAGCCAUUCAGGGGAAGAACGAAAGUCUAGAAAAAGUGUCCUCCUUGACUGCACAGCUGGAGUCCACCAAGGAGAUGCUGCGCAAGGUGGUGGAGGAGCUCACCGCCAAGAAGAUGACGCUGGAGAGCUCCGAGAGGACCGUGUCGGACCUGACCACGUCCCUCCAGGACAAGGAGCGGGCCAUCGAGGCCACCAAUGCCGAGAUCACCAAGCUCCGCUCCCGGGUCGACCUCAAGCUGCAGGAGCUGCAGCACCUGAAGAACGAAGGGGAUCACCUCCGAAACGUGCAGACGGAGUGUGAGGCCCUCAAGCUGCAGAUGACCGAGAAGGACAAGGUGAUUGAGAUCUUGCGGCAGCAGAUUGAAAACAUGACACAGCUGGUGGGCCAGCACGGACGGACCGCCGGCGCGAUGCAAGUCGAAAAGGCUCAGCUGGAGAAAGAGAUUAAUGACCGCAGGCUGGAGCUACAGGAAUUUAAGAUUUUAAAAGAUAAAAAAGAUGCGAAGAUCCGGGAGCUUGAGGCCAGGGUGAGUGACCUGGAACUGGAGAAGGUGAAGCUGGUGAACGCAGGCUCCGAGCGGCUCCGCGCUGUGAAGGACAUCAAACAGGAGCGAGACCAGCUGUUAAAUGAAGUGAAGACCAGCAGGAGCGAGUUAAACAACCUUUCAGAGGACUAUGAAGUCUUAAAAAGGAAUUUUCGAAACAAAAGUGAAGAAAUGGAAACGACUACAAAUAAACUUAAAAUGCAAUUGAAAUCUGCACAGUCUGAACUUGAACAAACACGGAAUACCCUGAAGACUAUGGAAGGGUCCGAUGGCCAUGCUAUGAAAGUGGCAAUGGGAAUGCAAAAGCAAAUCACAGCCAAAAGAGGUCAGAUAGAUGCCCUGCAGAGCAAGAUACAGUUUCUGGAAGAGGCUAUGACAAACGCAAAUAAGGAGAAGCAUUUCUUGAAGGAAGAAAAGAGUAAGCUCAGCCAGGAGUUGAACACUGUCGCGACUGAAAAAAACAAGAUGGCAGGGGAGCUGGAAGUUCUGAGAUCUCAGGAGCGCCGGCUGAAGGAAAAGGUGGCCAAUAUGGAAGUGGCCCUGGACAAGGCCUCUUUGCAGUUUGCAGAAUGUCAAGACAUAAUCCAGCGGCAGGAGCAAGAAUCUGUGCGCCUGAAACUGCAACACACUCUGGAUGUGAAGGAACUUCAGGGCCCUGGAUUCACUUCAAAUUCUAACGUGAAACCACGCCUGCAGCCAUCACCUGUGACCCGUUCCCAUUCUAACAUUCCGUCUUCACAGUCCACAGUCAGCUUCCUGUCUCAUCACUCUCUGAAAGCCAGUGCACUGAAGGAAGACCCGACAAGGGACCUGAAGCAGCUUCUCCAGGAGCUGCGCAGUGUGAUCAAUGAGGAGCCGGCCGUGCCCCUGAACAAGACCGAGGACGAUGCGGGAACGCCGACGCCAUCCCUAGGCCCUCUGGGCAUGGCUGUGGAAAACCAUAUGGAAGCGGGGCCGUUAAGCAAAAAUAAAACAACUUGCCACCAAGAGAAAAUAGUCACUCUCUUCAGAAGAGAAAGUGGUAGAGUGCGAGACUGUGUCUCUGAGUCAGGCCUGAGGAUUGACGCAUGCCAUCGAAGCAACAAUUCAUUAAGGGACUCCACCGAAGGCAGCAAAUCCAGUGAAACACUUAGCAGGGAACCGGUCGCUUUGCACGCAGGAGACCUGGAGGACCCCUCCAGUUGCUUCACUUUCCCUUCCACAGUAAGUCCAUCUGUGAAAAAUUCAGCUUCCCGUUCAUUCAAUUCUUCUCCAAAGAAGUCCCCGGUACACUCACUGCUAACGAGCUCAGCAGAAGAGUCAGUGAGCUCCACGCCCCAAUUCAGACCCACCAAAGCCAUUCAUUCCCCUGAUUCUGUUAAAGAUUGUCCAUCAGGUGCUGUCAGAAGGGAACUGAGCACACCUAGAAGAGAACAGCUUAUAGGCUUGAGGUCCUGUUCAGUUCUACUGCUGCCAUUGUGGCCACCGCACCUGCUGUAGACGCCUCUCGGCCCUGUCGGCAUCCAUAGCCUUCCACAUCCCCACUUGGAUGGCAGCAGCUAACGUGGGCAUUGGCCUUACAUACAUCCUGAAUUGGAGCCACGGUCCCAACUAGGUCUUGCUCCCCCAAGCCUUAAGUUAAUGGAAUUGCUGUAUUUAGUACAACAAGCCGCUACAUAUGCUUGAAGUAUUCUCACUGGUAGGAUUUAAUAUGUUGUAUUUGCAUAGUAGUAA